GGGGCAACAGACCCCUCAUAUCACUCAGAGGUCUCCUCUUAACACACUCCUUUCUUCCUCUGCGUCCAUCUCUGUCUCCAUUCUAACCCCAACAAGCAAUGGAUGUCUUCUCACCAUCCCAGGUCUACUAUGACCGAGCAUGCGCUUCGUCGCCGGACAGCCUGGAGUUCGGCCACGGCGGGGAGCUCACCGGCUCCGAGGAGGACGAGCAUGUCAGGGUUCCCGGAGCGCCCCACCAGCCAGGACACUGCCUCCAAUGGGCCUGCAAAGCCUGCAAGCGCAAGUCCAACUUUACGGACCGCAGGCGAGCCGCGACGAUGCGGGAGCGCAGGCGGCUGAAGAAGGUGAACCACGCGUUUGAGGCUUUGAGGCGCUGCACCUCGGCCAACCCGAGCCAACGGCUGCCCAAGGUUGAGAUCCUCCGCAACGCCAUCCAAUACAUCGAGAGCCUGCAGGAUCUGCUAAGAGAGCAGGUGGAGAACUACUACGGCCUACCCGGAGAGAGCAGCUCCGAGCCGGGGAGCCCACUGUCCAACUGCUCGGACGGCAUGACAGACAGCAACAGUCCGUUGUGGCAACAGCUGAAUGCAAACUACAGCAACACUUAUUCAUAUGCAAAGAAUGACAGUUUGGGCGAUAAGUCGGUCGGAGCCUCCAGUCUGCAGUGCCUCUCCAGCAUCGUUGACCGUCUGUCCUCGGUGGGGUCCAGCUGCGGCCCGGCGGCUAUGCGAGACAUGGCGUCCACCUACUCCCCCGGCAGCUCUGACUCGCAGCCGUGCACACCGGAGAGCCCCGGAUCAAGGCCGGUUUAUCAAGUCCUGUGAGGGACUAUUUGUUGUUGGAUAUAUUGCCACCAAACAGCAGCUGCAUAUGCAACAAGAAGAGAUAAGGGAUCCUCUUUGUGAGGACAAGCAGCUUUUAUUCUGUACAUGAGAUUGUAAAUAUGUAAUGUAAAUUCCCAUUUAUUCUAUACAUGCUAUUAUAACCCAAUGAGACAUAUUUAAUUCUGACAGUUAAUGUAAUGUUGUAUUAUUCCAACAUGAAAUGGUAUUUAUGCUGAUUAAUUUCCUACUUUUCAUGUUGUUGUGAACAAUAAAUAUUUUA